AUGGCGGCGGUAUCGCCUCUCCCGCGCCCCUCAGGGCGCGCCGCUGUUUCCACUGCGCAUGCGUCGCCGCGCCUCUUCCCCCCCCCCCCCGCACAAAAUGGUGGCCGCGACUUGUGUGGCGCUGCCGGCGGCGUGAGGGAGGGUGCGGGCGGGAAGUCUCGCGAGAUUUCGCGGCGUCCCUGGGCGGUGCCGACAUCUCGCGAGAGCGGCGCGGCGGCAGCAGCUAUGGCGGCGGCACUGCGCGCGGCGCGGCUGCUCCGGGUUCCCGCCCCGCGGUGGCCGCGUCCGGCCUGGAUUUCCCAUGAUGCUGAGCGGCGCCACCUCCCACCUCAGCCCAGCAUCCCGCCCCCUGCCAAGUAUGGCGGCCGCCACACGGUGACGCUGAUCCCAGGUGAUGGCAUUGGCCCCGAAUUGAUGCUCCACGUCAAGGAGGUCUUCAGGCACGCCUGUGUGCCCGUGGACUUCGAGGAGGUGCGGGUGGGCGCGGAGGCACCGGAGGCCGACGUGCACAACGCCAUCAUGGCUAUCCGCCGCAACGGCGUCGCCAUCAAGGGGAACAUUGAGACCAACCAUAACCUCCCGCCCAGCCACAAGUCCCGGAACAACCUCAUUCGGACCAGCCUGGACCUUUAUGCCAACGUGAUCCACUGCCAGAGCCUGCCCGGGGUGGAGACGCGGCACCGCGACGUCGACAUCCUCAUCGUGCGGGAGAACACCGAGGGCGAGUACAGCAGCCUGGAGCACGAGAGCGUGGCCGGGGUGGUGGAGAGCCUCAAGAUCAUCACGGCCGGGCGGUCGCGCCGCAUCGCUCACUACGCCUUCGGCCUGGCGCGCGCCGCCAAGCGCCGUUCUGUCACCGCCGUGCACAAGGCCAACAUCAUGAAGCUGGGGGACGGGCUGUUCCUGCAGUGCUGCAAGGAGGUAGCGGCUGAAUACCCCGAGAUCAGCUUCCAGAGCAUGAUCGUGGACAACACCACCAUGCAGCUGGUGUCGCGCCCGCAGCAGUUUGACGUGAUGGUGAUGCCCAACCUCUACGGGAACAUUGUCAACAACGUCUGUGCGGGGCUGGUGGGAGGCCCCGGCCUCGUCCCUGGCGCCAACUACGGCCACGACUACGCUGUCUUCGAGACCGCGACACGGAACACAGGCAAGAGCAUCGCCAACCGCAACAUCGCCAACCCCACGGCGGCGCUGCUCGCUGCCUGCAUGAUGCUGGACCACCUCAGGCUGCACAGCUACGCCACCACCAUCCGCCAGGCCGUGCUCGCCUCAUUGGACGAUCCACGGACGCACACUCCCGACAUCGGGGGACAGGGCACAACCUCGGGCGCCGUCCAGAGCAUCAUCUCGCACCUCUCCCACGCCUGAUUGGCUGAACCGGGCCACGCCCACACCAUGAGACCACACCCACUCUAUCAUGAGACCACGCCCCUAAUAAACCCCCACGGAACCGCC